CGCUCUACGCCCCGUAGCCCUGUAGCAGCACGUAGCUCUCGUUGCGAUACUUCUACGAAACUUUUCAGUAUUCAAUCAACUCGAAUAAAUAAACUUCGGGCUUUAUAAAUAUUUUCAAUUGACAUUCCAGUAUGAAAUACAGUUUUUGAGGUUAUCGAAAAAGGUGAAUUUGAAUGGAACAUUGAUACAAGUUGGAAAGUUUUCUAUUAAGGAUUUUAUUGACAGUGUGGUACGCGCUUGCGGCUCGAUGUGCGCCCGUGGGAGAAGGGAGCAUGCUGGUGCACUUCUUGGUACUUAGCACCGCCCUCGCGGCCGCCAACACCGGCAAACACGGAGGUGUGGAUGUGCCAGAGUUUGGCGAGCCAAUCACCAAUCUGACGGUACCUAUAGGCCGCGACGCUACCUUCAAGUGCAUUGUCGUCAAUCUCGGCAAUUUUAGGGUGGGUUGGGUAAAAGCGGACACAAAGGCGAUCCAAGCGAUCCACGAGCACGUGAUCACCCACAACCCUCGCGUCUCCGUCUCUCAUACGGACCACUCCACCUGGUACCUCCACAUCAAGAGCGUACAAGAGGAAGACCGGGGACAAUACAUGUGCCAGAUUAACACAGAUCCUAUGAAAAGUCAAAUGGGCUUCCUAGAGGUGGUGAUACCACCAGAUUUCGUACCUGAGGAGACGUCAGGAGACACCAUGGUGCCUGAAGGAGGUACAGCAAGAGUCUCUUGCAAGGCAAGAGGCAUCCCUCCUCCACGUGUAACGUGGAAGAGAGAAGAUGGACAGGACAUUGUGGUGAGGGACCACGCGGGAGCGAAAACAAAAGUGCUUACAUAUCAAGGCGAAGUGCUCAAGUUGACUAAGAUAUCUCGCUCGGAGAUGGGCACGUACCUCUGCAUUGCCGGCAACGGGGUUCCCCCCACCGUCAGCAAACGGAUCCAUAUUAGCGUACACUUCCACCCGGUGAUUCAAGUGCCGAACCAGCUGGUGGGCGCUCCUCUCGGCACUGACGUCACGCUCGAGUGCUACGUCGAGUCCUCGCCGAAGUCCAUCAACUACUGGGUCAAAGAUCCUGGUGAGCUGAUAAUACCGUCGGAGCAUCACGAGAUGAUCGUCAGGCAGAAAUCCAUGUUUGAAGCCGAGAUGAGUAUGACUAUAAAGAAUAUACGACGGGAAGAUCUAGGAAGCUACAUUUGUGUUGCCAAAAAUUCACUUGGAGAUGUUGAGAGUAAAAUCAGAUUAUACGAAAUCCCUGGCAACGACAGACACGUCUACCACUAUCCAGAAGAAAGGAUAACUGACGAUGACUAUGGAACGGAAUCAUACGAUGAAGAGAAUUCUCCUCACGACAACGAAGUUGAGAAAAGCAACAGAGUACCCGACCGUGCUAACAAAUGGUACGCCAACGAUGGUAAAGCUUCAGUUAUAGAAAACAGAGGCAGCAUGGUAGAUACUACACUUGGUGUAACAAUGGUUGUAAGUUUAUUUCUUACAUGGUUCAGUUUACAACCUUGUCUAUGUAGAAUGUGAGAGAAAAUGGAGUAAAUAUCAGGUAAUCGGGAGGGUCUUCUACGGAGCACAAAUGUUCUUUUAACAAUUGUGUACGCUCAGCCACAUGUUACAUUUUAACACAUACGGUUACUUAUUUUAACGGCAAAUUUAAAAAGCUAUACAUAGGUGUGGCCCACUGUAACAACUCCUACCUGACUUAUUUCAUUUAAAAAAUUCACUUAACAUAUUAUGCUUAUUUGCUAUUUUUUGUAAAAACAAAUCAUAGCAAGCGAGAAAGAGAUAGAAAACAAAUGUUUUCCAAACACAAAUUAGCCCAAUGGCAAUAAUUCA